UUAAAAAUGUAACAGAAGAAAAGAUCAGCUUUUUAUACACGAUAGAGGAAUAAAAGAAGGAAGGAUGACAGUUACUAACGCCGAAGGCAUGAAUGCACCAUUAACUACCGUUGAACACCUCUACCAACAAACCCACCUCCACAGCACUCAGAGCUGCGUCCUAGAGUAGUGAGUUGGUGCACCAUGAGUCCGUUUUCAUUUUUCUCUUGUAACCAGUCAGCCCUCAAAAGUGCUCUCCAGUUAGGCAUCACACACACAGUGGGCAGCUUGAGCCAAAAACCCGAGAGAGAUGUUCUGCUGCAAGAUUUUGAAGUUGUGGAAACCAUAUUGUUCCCCACCCGGGGCAGCAACAUGACACCAGCGCACGACUAUGGAGACUUCAAGUUUAAGACAUAUGCCCCAACAGCCUUUCGUUACUUCAGGGACUUGUUUGGAAUCCGACUUGAUGACUACAUGUAUUCUCUGUGUAAUGAGCCACUGAUAGAGCUGCCAAACUCUGGUGCCAGUGGCUCACUGUUUUACCGCACAAGUGACGAUGACUACAUCAUUAAGACAGUUCAACACAAAGAGGCUGAAUUUCUGCAGAAAUUGCUUCCAGGUUACUAUAUGAACCUGCAUCAGAACAAGCGCACAUUAUUACCAAAGUUUUAUGGACUCUACUCUGUCCAGGCAGCGGGUAAGAAAAUCCGUAUUGUUGUCAUGAACAAUUUGCUGCCAAGUGCAGUGCAAAUGCACCUCAAGUUUGAUCUAAAGGGCUCCACCUAUAAUGGGCGACAGGCUUCAGCUAAAGAGCGGGGGAAGGAUUUUCCCACAUACAAGGAUCUGGAUUUCUUGCAGGACAUGCCCGACGGGCUGUUGCUGGGGGAAAACAAGUACAAUGCUGUGUGCAAGACCAUUCAGAGAGACUGUCUGGUCUUGCAGAGUUUCAGUAUAAUGGACUACAGUCUUCUGGUGGGAAUCCACAAUGUAGACCAGGCCUAUAUGGAUCAACAGAGUGCUGUGGCUAUGGAGGGCAUGGACCAGAGGAGGCCACAAAGCCAGAGGUCCCUGUACAGAACUGCUAUGGAGGCAAUCCAAGCAGAUACAGCAAGCGUGGGAUCGCAGGACACAGAGGACAAAACUGGAGGAAUACCGGCAAGAAACUCAAAAGGCGAGAGACUGUUGGUGUACAUUGGUAUCAUUGACAUUCUGCAGUCUUAUAGAUUUGAAAAGCAGCUUCUACACUUAUGGAAAUCUCUGAUUCACAAUGGGGAAACUGUUUCAAUUCACAGACCAGAUUUUUAUGCAGAACGGUUUCGAAAGUUCAUGUGCAACACGGUCUUCAGGAAGAUCCUACAUAUAAAGACCUCCAGAUCUAGAAAGCACAAGGCAGGGGCCCGUGGUCAUCUGAAAAAAACAGGUAGCUCUGGGCCUCCUCUACUUACUCACACCAGCAGCAGCCAAAAUCCUGUUCCCCAGCAUGAAAUCAGCCCUGAGACCAGGGAAGACACUGACAGAGACAAUGCUGUGAACAGGAAUGAGGAAAGCCCACAUCCAUCCAUCCAUCCAGUGGCGUGACCUCUUUAGUCACAAGAGUACCCUCUUGAACAGAGGUCCCAAACUCACGACCUGCGGGCUACAUGCAGUUUCAAGUGGACCUCCAAGCAAUGUCAAGUUAUGAGUUAUUUAUGUACUUUUUUAAUUAACAAAUUAAUUUUGCAUCAUAAACAUUACUAUAUUAUAUAGCUACUCAUUGCUGGUAAUGGUACCAUCCUCAUCCAUAUUAUCCUCAUCCAUCCUUCGUCCACUGCUUGUCCUUUGCUGAGAGUCAUAUGAGGAGCUGCAACCAAUCCCAGAUGGCGAUAGCGUGUGAUGAUAUGAGUAGUGAUGAUGAUAAUUGUUUUGAAUGUUAUUGAUUUGUGAAAUGCUCCUGGUCUCUAUCGUUUCUCUUUCUUUUUAUAAAUAAGAUGUUUUGUCUGUUAUCUGUGGAACUUUUUCUGUAAAUGCGACACCUACUGUACAUCUGUCUGUCCUGGGAGAGGGAUCCAUCUUCUGUGGCUCUUCCUGAGAUUUCUACCAUUUAUUCCCUGUAAAAAGAUUUUUGAGCAACAACAGUGACACCCUCUGUCUAAGGACAGAGGGUGUCACUUGCUGUAUCGAC